UGACGCAUGGACCGCUCUUUGAUCGACCGCAACUUCAGUUAACAGAAUGAGACCACGGAGCUCGGAAAUGAAGGCCGCAGAUGAAGAUCAAUCAAUUACGCCUUGCAGAGGACGGCCCACCUCCAAGCUGAAGGUUCUAGGCAGAAGCCAUGCAAUGCGCGAGGAGCAGUCGCCUCCAAGGGAGCCCGCAGCUGAGGAAAACGCUGCCCAACUCCACUCGCCUCCCACAGUGAUUCUCAGUCCGUCGCCCGUUGAUGAGGAAGUGAGUACUCAUGAGUCGCCCUCUAGAAGUUCAAGCGCACGGACUUCACACUGCGAGGGCAAUGAUGGCUACGAACGGCUGCACCCCCUUGAAAUUGACUCCAGUCCCAAACGCACCGCCACUGAAUCGGAGAAGUGUUCCGCAGCCGUUAGUUUCCAAAAUAGAAACUUCUGCGAUUGUCAGCACCAAACAUGCAUCAAGUGCUUGAAAGACCGAGGCGGGAACAACAACAAUCACAGCAACAUGAACCACAACGUGUUGCACGUGGGCAGGAACAGGGGCAAGCUGCGGCAACAGUCCUCCUCGCAAACGAGCCUGAGCUUUGAAAGUUCAUCUGGAAACAGUCCCUGUCUUUCCAGAGAUAGUAGUGCAGACCAUUACACGGACACAACUGGGGCUGAUUUGGAGCGGUUCAUUCCAGCCACCAUCAACAGGUGUGCUAAGGAUCGGGCGCUGAUGUUGCGCAUUGAAGAGGAGCUGCUCAGUCUCAUUCACGAUCAAUUUCAGAGCCAUUACAAGUUUCCGCCCAUGUCGAGCUAUCAUCGCAUGCUCGUGCAUCGGUGUGCAGCCUACUUUGGAAUGGACCACAACAUUGACCAGCUGGGCAAGUGCAUUAUAGUGAACAAGACGAAGAACACUCGCCUGCCCGAGGUGCGAUUUAAGGACCACAUCAAGGAGAUGUUCAAUGACGAGCCACCCAGAAG